AUGAAGCAGUGGGAGGAGCUGUUAAUUUGGGGUAGCGGAGCACGGCGCCGCCUCGAUCAUGCGUGUUGCGCUCAUGAGAAAUUCUAUUUGACACUGAAGCUUUGGCGCGGGUCAUCAGUGCGAAGCCAUCGUGCCGAUCCGGGCCGGUUCCUCGACAGGCCGCUUGGACGCCAAACCUUGCUUGCAGUCCUGCCAUUGCGCGCGCGUACCAAGUUCUCCGGGCAGGCCACCGUGCGCAACGUCGCCGUGUCGGUGGCGCGGAAAGCGAAGGCCGCGCCGGAGGCCAAAGACAGUCGUGUGGGCCUGGGUGUUUCCAUAGACUCUGCGCGGAGUGCGCGCAACAUUUGCGCGACAGCGCGCAAUUUCCGGGGAUACCGAGAGCAGAGUCUAUGGGAUGACUAUUUACAAUUUGCCUUGAGCUUGGCGGAACAUCUGCGGUAUCAGGUUCGUGGAGCACCGGCCUUGCCAGAUCUGGCGCGCGUGCCACCUCUUCUGGAGGCCCUGCUGUUGUCACACAUGGGCUCCCAAGCGGCCGUGCGUAGUCUACUGGCCAAUGUGGAUCAAGAGCUCCAAGACGAUUUGCUAGCAACCCUGCGCAGCGAGGGAGAGCUGGACUCGAGCUACGAAAUUGCGGCCCAAAUUCUGGUCGCUGCAGAACAAGCCAGAAGCGGGGUGCCUUUCCCAAGGGAUUCGGAAAGAUUGCAAGGUCUGGCAGUGAACGGGUGGAUUUUGCAAGUUGCAAGUCCGCACGGGCAGAACAAUUGCUUGCUCGACGCGUUGCUCCUCGCGCUUGCUGCGCAAGGGUUGGUGCGCGAUGUUUCCCAUUUGCAGGCCGACGCCCGGCGAAUUCUUUGUCGGCAGUGUCGGCAGCAUUUGGUCCACGUGUUUGGAGCAGAGCUGGACGUUCGAAGAGGCGUCUACCCUUUCUUAAAUGCAGACUUGCACGCGGCAACUGCUGUGCAGUACUUGCACCUGCACUCCAACGAAGGUACUGCAGCCCGCCCAAACAUAGAGAUUCGGGUUUAUAGUAGGUUUGAUUCGACGGAAGUGGAUCCAGAUGAGAUGGGGAUCUAUGUGCCAGGCACGGGGCCCGCGCAUCACAUUUUGCGCCUCUACAAUCACACCACGGAAAGCUUGCAAGGUUAUCAUUUUGAUGCCUUGGUGCAAGCACCGGUGGGCCAGCCAACAGGGAACCCUGGCAGCACUGCCAGCCACACCACAAAAGCUCCAAGUUCUGCACACGAGCGUGACCCGCGGCGAACAACGACGCGUGGCGCGCUAAGACAGAGUGAGCCACAACCGCCCCUAUCAAGGGGUGGCACCGCGCAUGCGCGCGGGUCAGAUCAAGUGGCGCUGGAAAGCUUGCGCAAUGCUGGGUUGCAGGCGCUCGAUUCUAGUGUGAGCAAGGCUACCUUAAUUGACGCAAUGGUGCGUCUGCUAGCCUUUCACGAUCUCUGCCCUGCGGGCGUGGGUGAGUUGCUCUACGAAACAAUUCAAGAAUGUGGCCACGCUCGCUCACCCGCGGGAUCCGCUUCCCAUGAAAACUUGACGAAUUACAUCAGAACAGUAGCGCAGAGUGUCCUGAGUGCUUUGCAUAGACUCUGCGCGUCUCCGCGCACAGCGGCAGCGUUCGUCUUGCAAAUGUAUGACGUCACAUGCGCGCAACAACGCAAGCCAUUUAGCACGAUUACAUUUGGCCCUAAAGAAGCUCUACUCCAACCUGUUUUGCACAUAUACGUCCACUCUGCUGCAAGCCCAUUGCCACGCUGCUACACGCCAUUAGCCCCACACGGAUCUAGGCGUGAACCACCCAGCCACAUGGCUUCUCCUGAGCGCAACCACCUGUUAACCGCAAGCGGACCAAUGGCUGCUUCGACGGCUGACCCUACGACGCAGGACUGCCAGCUUCCAGCUGCGCAGGUGGAUCUUGACACAGUGGAAGGAAUAUUACAAACAUUUCUGCGAGAGUGCAUUGGCUCCAGCGCAAGUGUUCCCAGGGGCACUGCAGAAAGAAUUCUGGCCGUAUGGGAGGACUUAGAAGCUAUGGACGUGCUUUUGCACAUGCUAGUGUGGGGAGACGAUGAGGGCCCAGAAGUUGGAAGCUCAAGUCCUCGCGGUGAAAGAGAUUAUGCCCGAGAGUGGAUCGCGUACUACGUCCACCACCAUCGUCCAGAGCGCGUCGGCGAAGCCAGGCGCGCGCAAGGAGGGCGACGCGCAGCGCCUGCGAACCCCACUGUCGUGUCCAAGGUAAACGCAACCAAUAUCACGCAAGUCGAAGGCGCCGGCGAGCUUGUGCCAAUACUUCAGCGUUUCCUUAGCUGCCGCGGGGCUGGAGACAUUACGGCCACUGGACGCGAUGCCACAGAGAUAGCGCAGAUGUGGCAUGACACCGAUGCGUUAGGGAUCAAGCUGCGCACUUUGCUUCAAUCCGGGCUUUGUUUUGCGGACUGCGGUAUGCACGCCGCGCGGAGGCUGGCCAAGCAGUGGCGCAGUUUUCACGCUGUAGCUACCCAAGGGACAGGCGACAAAUUAGGGACGUGUUGCGAUUUUCCAAGCGCAACGAAAGCCCAACAGACACGUGAAGCGCAUGAGCGCAACCCAGAUGCCCCGAAGACGCCAAGGCCAAUGCCAACCUCUAGGGUUAAACGCCUGGCCCUUACUUCGGCCCCGUUGCGUCGCUUGCGUCAAAAGACCGCAGCUGCUGACGCCGCGCCACAACCCAGCAAGGCUACCCCAGUCUGCCACCAGUGCCAGGCGCAGCCACACACUGACAGCGACGACUACUACAACCUGAGUGUGAGGCUGCCCGUCAACACAGGGGCUGCUGAUUGGCGAAUGACAAAGGAAGCAGUAGUAAAGAACCUUGCCAAGCACUUCCGCCAGUACCCAACAGUUCCACUGCGACGGGAAUUUUGCGCGUCAGAUACCCUCGGAUAUUGCUUACCCAGAACGCACUGUGCAGUGGCGGGCUGCGAGUUUGAGGGCCACACAGAAAAGGACUUGGAAGAUCAUCUCCUUGUUCACUCCGCACUCUUGAUGCCUCUGACCCAAUUACUGCGCGCAGAAGCUGUCCCCCAGAAGGCAGCUUUGGGCCUUGCCUAUUCCCUGGUAGUCACUUGCAUUUGUCAACAGAGGCCCCCGGUAGCAAACCCGUCCAUUGACCGGCGAUGUUUGCGGCAGUUCCGAGAAGCGAUCGAAGACGCGGAGUUGGCCGAACUGGUUUGUUUCAUAUGCGCGCGCCGCUAUCCACACGUGCCGCGCAGCCCGCGCGCAAAUAUUUCUUGGCAAAAGCUGUCUGGGCCAAUGGAAACCAGUACAUUCUUCGGUUGCAGUCCCGCAGAGGUCGAGGCGCUCUUUGGCUUGGAGACGUAUUGCCGCACAUAUGUCCAUCAGAGCUCAACGCUGGCGCGAGAGGAGCUCUUGCGUGAACUGGAUGAUUGGACCUGUUCUGUCCAGUGUCAAGGAGAAACUGUGCGCGUGGUUUGCAACGCGACGACCUUUCCCUUACCUUGGGAGAGCCUGUUGAACCAUCUACAGGCCGCGACAAGCAACCCCGAAACCGGAAAACCUUUGCCACACACCGGCGCCGAGUUGCGAGAGUUUGUCUCCGUCAUACUCAAAACCCAAGACGAAGAGCCAGACAAAGAAGCGCUUAGCAAAUUCAUUCACCAAGCAGUGGUUCGACGGCAUGUUGUCGUGGACCUUAUCCUAGGCGCCAUGGGUCGAGGUCACAGAGGCUAUGUGCAUUUAGAAGAGGCUGCUGUUCGGAGGCGAGCUCAGCAAUUGCCGAUGGACGGGGUACCUCCAGAACUGGUUGCGCUCUUACCGCACGACAACAACCUAAGCAACAUCCAAAUACAAAAAGCUGCGGUCCCGAUACCAGAGUCAAACACAUUGAACGAUGUGCAGCUGGACUUCCAAAAAUUCUUCAAGCCCAACGCAGUAGUGAACGAAAAAACUGUGGGCGGUUUUCAGGAGCAAGAUGCUCUCAGCAAAGCUGCCUUGCAGCACAUUGCCUCUAUGGCAGGGCACGAUGAGCCAAAGAUGCAGGACCCAAGAAGCUCGCCGAAUGAUGCGGUUCGAAAUCCAAGCUAUGCCCACCAGCUGUUGUUCGUGCGCAUGUCCCGGACACGGGUGAGCGACCCAGUGCGACUGUCGCAUCUACACGUGGAUAUGGAUGCUGGUGCUCGGACAUGGCCACAGCUGGACGAAGACCGCCGCUUGUCGAUAUACGUGGAUACGUUUCGCCGAGCUUUACCGUCUUGGGAACAGAGACGUCAAGUCUUGGCGCGAGACCCACUCGCCCUACGUGAGAUUCUCUUAGCCACGCAGCGCGCGCAAGAUGCCCAGACAGGGUAUUGCGCUGAUUAUUGCUCUAAGAAUCAGCCGAUGGCCUUCCAUGAAAUCAAAGAGUUUCAAAAGGGCCACGCGCGUUUGCACAUGCAAUUGACUCAGAGCCCUGCCAGUGCAAACAUUGCGGCCAUCGGUCGCCGACAUGCGAUCCGUAUUUUGAACGAUUCAUACUGCAAAGGCAUCGUUCGUGGCCAGGUGGAGUCCGUGAAUCUGCGGGCCAAUCACUCAGAACACCAAAUCGUUCACAGCGAGCGGUUUAGCACCACGCGGUUUCAAGAGUUCCAUGGCCGCAACUUUCUGCAGGCGGUCACGUCUGCUUGCCCGCAAGAAGACCGCACGGCCGUCCCAACACUUUGGAAGCGCCAAGCAGGACCGCGCGCAAGACAUCUACGCGCAUGCGACCUUGGUCGCGCGUAUGGCAUGCGCCCAAAAGGGACGCUCGUGUGGCCACUCUCCCCGUACGAAUUUGUCACUUAUUGGGAAUUGAAGCCACUGCGAGCCCCACACACUUGGGCAGAGUGGCUGCAAGAGCCCCAGAGUUCCUGGCAGGUCACGCUGACAGAUUCUGGCGUAAAGAAGCUCGCAACGUCUCAAGAAACUGGAACUCCAGCGCAUCUGAAGCCUUGGGAAGAUUGUAUGUUGAAACCAUGGGACCAGUCGGGUGUGAUAUUUUUUGACGACGCAGCAGCCACGCGAUUCUUGCGGCACGCUUGGUACAUCCAACGUCGCCCGACGCCUGUGUGCCCCGUCUUUGCAAACAGUCCUGUCCCCCUGCAUUUGUCCGAGGAUCUCGAUCGCAGCGCGCUACUUGCCACUGCCUAUUUCCGAGCAUGGACCUUACACCGGCACGCGUGCGAUUCGACUGUGCCGCACGUGGCCCACCUCAAGGGUGCGAGUGCCAGUUGGGACGACAGUUUCCGACAGUGGCUGCUCCAGUUGCCAUGUGAAGAGACGAAGCGCUACAUCAACAACUUCCUCUCUGUCUACCGUGUGCGUUCAACGGAGAACGGGCUCGACAACAGCGAUGACUCGGGCGCUGACGAGCCUCUGGUAGUCGAUGCGUCAAACAUACAAAAAGCCCUCGCCACACAGCUUCCGCGCGACAGGGCAGAGCGAACCUCCACACUGCUAGCGCCUGACAAUCAUUUACAUAGCGCGCUAUCGCAGGCCGACGCUUUAUGGUCGUCUGCGGCCACAUAUUCAACAGCAGCGCGCAACGACUACGCGGCUUGCGAGGUCAAGGCCAUGCUCCGCGCAACGCGCUCCACCGCCCGACCUCCCCUGCGACCGUUCACGGCGCAGAUGGGCCCGUCGUUGCGCGCCUUGCCAGCAGAGAAUAUCCCAGCUCGCAUACAGGCAUGGUUAGCCGACCUAGCCGCAGAGACCAAACCGCAAACAAAGCGACGGUGUAAUUCUGAACAGUUUCUUUUUCUGCAGAGAGCAGCGGCUCGCGUCACAGAAGAACUACGCACAGAAGAGCACAGCGAGCGCGCUGCAAUCGCGAGUAGCCAACCCAUGCGAUGGGCUUUGCAUGGAGGCCCCGGCACCGGGAAAUCUUACGUUGUGCGUCUGUUGCGGACGGAACUGUUUGAACAGAUUCUAGGGUGGACGCACGGGAUUGAAUUCAAAGUUUUGACCCUGCAAGCCGUGAUGGCCGAUCAAGUGCAAGGGGACACGAUCCAUCACGGGGUGGGGCUGAAUAGUCGCAAUGACAAUGCCAUCAGCCUGUCCCGCUUGUUAGAUCUCCUCUCCGACGCCACGCGCUGGCGCUGGUUGGUAAUAGAUGAAAUUAGCAUGGUGAGCGCAGAACUGCUGGCGCGAUUGGAGCUGCGCUGUCGCGAGUUAGUUUGGGACGCAUGCCCGUCCAAGUAUGCGCAAAACUCCGCGGACGCUCGCCCCUUCGGCGGCUUAAACGUCGUGUUGGUUGGUGACUGGUGGCAACUGGAACCUCCAAAAGGCACGUUCCUUGCUAAUCUUCCGUUGCAAUGGCUCAGCGCCGGCGUCUCCAAGAAGCGACCUCACGCUGCGCAUGGGCAAGCCUUGCUGUGGGGUCAAUCGGGCGAGAGUAUUCAAGGCGUAACGCAGCUUGUUGAGUGCGAACGGACGCACGACAGGUGGUUGCAGGCGGUGCAAGAAGAAUUUCGCGCGUGCCAGCUUACAGAAACUACGCACGCAUUUCUGCACGGAAAGCCUACCGCUGUGCCAGGGAGUUGGACCCAAGGGGCUGUUGAGUGCGGCAACGCUGCGUGCGCCAAGCUCGCAGCCGACGGCGUGCCCCCAAGGUUAAUUUUACAGACCGAAUGCGCUAUCUGUCGGCGUGACCGGGCUUCCCGCGCGCGGGUCGCCGGUGACCCCGCCGAUCCCCGCUUCUCCACCGAGUUCGCAGGGGCAACGUGCAUUUUCAGCACGAAUGCACUCAAAUGCCACGUUAACAAGUUGCGUGCGCACCAAUUCGCCGCAGCCCACGGACAAGCACUCUUGUACGCAGUCGCAACCGAUCGCAUCAGCACCAAAGCCCUGAGCGCGAAGCCUGACUUGGCCAAAGAAAAACUCUUCUGGCUCCAGCGUCAUGACAAAGAGUGUGGAAAUUUGUAUGGCAUUUUGCCGCUUUGCGUGGGGUUACCCGUCGUGGCAACGGAGCACAUAGAUCGACGCCGAAAGAUCCUGCGUGGCUGCCGCGGCACAGUGGUGGGCUGGGCAGCCGUGCCAAGCGCAACAAUUGCCACAGGCACUGGCGCACAGAUCUGGCCUGAGUUGCCUGCGGCCAUAUACGUGCGUUUCGAAACAGAAUCGGCGUGGCAAUUGGACGACAACUUACUCCCGAAUGUGUACCCUGUGGCGCCUCUACGCUCUACCUGGCACUUGGACGGUGGCCGGCCAAACCCACAGCUCAGCAUCUCGCGUCGCCAAUUUCCCCUGGCGCCUGCGUUUGCCUCCACUGCGCACGCUGCGCAAGGUCAGACGCUCUGCCGAGGUGUGAUUGCGGAUUUGCUCAUUGGACCAAACGGCAACCCUUUCACUGCGUACGUGGCCCUGACCCGCGUUCUGGAUCGAUGGGGUUUGUUGAUUUUCCGCCCCUUCGAUCCGCGGCCUUUUCAGAAAGGUGUCCCUCUUGGGCGUGAGAUGCUCUUACGCGUCUGGCAACAAGAGCAUAUAGAUUGGGAAAGCAUCCGGGCCAAAUACCUUGAAGAACGACCGUGCGCGGAGUGCCGCGAACGGAAAAACAACAAAGCCUACAGCGCAGGGCAAUGGAAGCGCCCCGAUGACGCCCGGGUGUGCAAAGAAUGUGUGUGGCAACACGUCCAAAACAAUUGCCCGUGGCAGUGCGCUGUCUGCCGUCACUGGGGCCCGAAAGAUGCUUUUGCAGGGCAAGCGCAAUCCAACCCAGCCCGAACCUCCACUCGCAUAUGCGCAACCUGCGAACGGCGCAAGCCGUGCGCACGUUGCAAGCGAAUGCUGACGGAGGAUUUUUUUGGGAAAGCGGCCUGGAAGGCUCGCCAUGCCGACAGGCGCCUCUGCCAAGAUUGCGCGCGAAAGAUGAGGAGCGCUUGGACAUGUUCUGCCUGCUGCGAGCGAAAGCCCCUUGACGCGUACAGCGUGCACAACCGCCGGCACCCCAGUCGCUCCCACGGUCAUCAAGUGUGCAACGCGUGCGUGCAACGGCUGGCCCUUAAGCGCGUCGCUGUGGCGGCCAAUGUCCGCCUCGCCCGUCUCCGACAGAACGUUGCGUGCGCUGACCGCGCAAGAUUGAUGGCGGCCAUCCGAGAAGAAAUUAAUACUAUUGUGGGUGCAAGGCAGGCGGCUCAAAAGCAGUCUCCUGAGCUUGCGUCGCCCGCCAUGCCUCUCGAGUCACCUGCAGCCUCGUGGCCUCAACCGUCUGGCUCCAGCCAUCUCCAGCCCUCCCCCAGCGCUCGCACAUCGCAUUCGCGAUGGACUGGUGGACCACCGGCACGUUUGCGGACAGCAAUUUCGCGUCGCGUGUGGCGAAGUCCGAUCCAAAUCAUUUCCGCAUACCUGUCCUACGUGUGGGACAGUCGUUACCAGUAA